UCAGCAACACAACACAGCAGCAUAUUUUGUUAAGGAGCUGAUAUUUUGUUAAAAAAGUGAUUUUAACGCAAUAGUUUUAUACCGCACAAUUCUGGAAUAUAUAGCGUAUUUCGUGGCAGAUAUGGACCUAAAACGUUUGGCAUGCAAGACGGGCCUGGGCGAUGGCCCAGAUGCCAAGCGCGCUACAGCUGCAGACGAGGAAGAAUGUCUGCAGCUUGAUCAGGAAUCAGGUAUAGAUAAAGAUACGAGCGAUGCACAGACAGAAUGCUUGCAAUUAGAUGUUAUCAAGGAAACCGAUUGUGAUAGUCUCAAAGCUGAACGCGACAAUCUGUCGCCCAGCAAUCAUGUGGCGCCAUAUACUGGCAACGGAUGUGCGCCUUCAUUAGAAUCAUUUAUGUUCCAGCAGACUCCUGCUGGCAGUCAGCUCUGCUCCUGGAUGUCCAAUACAGAGUCCAAGACCUCUGCCAAUGAUGUGCCCACACUUUUUGAUUCGGAAAAGGAUUCCAAAGCGAAUGCCCAGACGGCCAAGCUUAAUCGCAAGGCACUCACCAAUUUACGUCGCCAAAACGCGUUGCGUGCUCUUGAGUUGGAGCGCGAGUUGGCUACAAAAACACCCCAAGCACCGACGCUUCUUGUACGCUUUCCAGAUCCCAAAAUCAGUGUCACUUCGGUCAGUGAAUUCUCGGAGAGCAUCCGGGAUGUGGUUUUUCCGACAAAUGUCUCGCAGCGCUAUUGCCUGGUGCAUCUGAAGGCCGGCGCGAAUGUUGAACGCACCAUUGAGGAGAUAAAACAGGUGCGCUUCGGCCAUGGCCGUCUCCACGCCGAACUGAAGACAUUUACCGAUGAGGAACAGGCCGAAUGCAUUGAUCCGUGCUCGCUGUAUGUCAGCAAUAUACCCUUCAACAUGAACGCCGCUGACAUAAAGGUGUUCGUCAACUCCAUGCGUGUCGACAUUGGCGUCAUGAAGCGCCAGAAACGCGCACGUUAUGCAUUUGUGCGCUACGCCAAUGCCGAGAUGGCCAUGGAGGCAUUCAGGGAUCUGGUCCGCCGUACACUUAACAAUCGCAUAUUGACCGUACGCUAUCGUCGUCUACGCAAGCGCCUGGCCCAUCCGACAGCCGCCUCGAUGUGCGCCAUAUCCAAUCUGACCAUUGACACCAUCGCCACAGACGAUGAUGGCGUUGAAUGUCGCGUCAUUUCACCACCUCCGGUGGAAUCGAUUACCAUAUUGGAUAGCGAUGACGACCAGCACUGCGAGUCGCACAGCGUUGUGAGCCUCAGCAGCAGCAUUCCACACAAGAAGCGCGAGAGCAAGAUGACUGCCCAGGAGAAGGAGAUUCAACGCCUCAAACUGCAAGUGGCCGAACAUAGUGCCAUUAUACGGAGCUUACAGAAAAGAGAGGGCAGUAUUGCCAAUGCCACUACCAAAGUAGAGCCACAAUCGGAUUUAACCACAGACAAAUCAUCAUUGAUGCAACGCUCACUAUCGCCGUGUUCUAGCUAUGAUAUCAAAAUGGAAAAUGAAUAUUUGGGCAUAGCUCAGAGUACGCCCGAACCUGAACCGGACUCAUUGCCAGAUGCUCAAUCGCAUUCGCCAUAUCGUGGCACAACUUGCCCAAUUGACGGCAUGGAGGAUCCCAUUAAAUCAUCCGAUUGUUUUGGCUGGCUGAUUUCAGGUCUCGGUCGUCGCAAGAGCACAAAAUCCAGCGCACAGCAGCCGAACAAAGAGAAUACAACUAAGAAAUCUUCAAAAGUUGCCAAUCUGGAGGUGCAUGCGCAGGUCGAAGCCGAUUUGGAUACAUAGGAUAGGAUUUUCAUAUCU